UUGUGUGGUUCAGUAGAAGUUUGUAGAGCAUUGAAUUUUAAAUAAUUUGUAACUCAAGGUAUUAUUUUUACUAGCUUAGUUGAGAAAAUGAAAGACGACGUUUUGUGGAGCUAAUUACAGAUGAUUUCAAAUUGAGAAAAAGCUGGAAGAAGCAAUUUCCAGAAAAUCUCCAGCAGGGGGCCUCAGGAGGGAACUGGCCACAAGUUCUCAUCGGUCUCCCCUGAUGAUCAGGAGAUGCACAGGCACAUACAUCGCUCAAGGGGAAGGCAGACUCAGAAGUCACGACUGCGUCCUGAUUUACAAAUCGGAGGCGGAGGGGCACGAACACCACACACCAGACAGGAACUUAGUCGGACUCACCACCAAGAUGCUGAAAGUGAAGCGGCUGGAAGAAAUCAGCACGUGUUACCACAGUGACCAGCUGGAGAAAAUGGCCUUUUUUCAGUGCAUGGAAGAGGUGGAGAAAGUGAAGUGUAUUCUGGAAGAAAGUUCUAGUGAACAGGAUUCGAGAUCUGGGAAGAGUGAGGCUAAGGAGCAGGUGUGCUCACACCCUGGCCUGAAGGAAGCAGCACCAGACAAAGGCAAAAGGACGGCACCUCCCACAGACGAGGCCUGGGCACCACCUGCGCCGUUUGAUCACCGCAUCGUGACAGCCAAGCAGGCCGCGGUCAACAGCUUCUACACCGUGAGCAGAACUGAAAUCCUAGGAGGGGGGCGCUUUGGCCAGGUUCACAAGUGUGAGGAGAAAGCCACAGGUCUGAAGCUGGCGGCCAAGAUCAUCAAGACCAGAGGCAUGAAGGACAAGGAUGAAGUGAAGAACGAGAUCAACGUCAUGAACCAGCUGGACCACGUGAACCUCAUUCAGCUCUACGAUGCCUUUGAGUCUAAGAACGACAUCGUCCUGGUCAUGGAGUAUGUGGAUGGAGGGGAGCUCUUCGACCGCAUCGUUGAUGACAACUACAAUCUGACCGAGCUUGAUACCAUCCUGUUCAUCAGGCAGAUAUGUGAGGGGGUAAGGCACAUGCAUCAGAUGUACAUCCUCCACUUAGACCUGAAGCCUGAGAACAUCCUGUGUGUGAAUCGGGAUACUAAACAAAUAAAAAUUAUUGACUUUGGAUUGGCCAGAAGAUACAAACCCAGAGAGAAGCUGAAGGUGAACUUUGGAACGCCAGAAUUCCUUGCCCCUGAAGUUGUGAACUAUGAUUUUGUUUCCUUUUCCACGGACAUGUGGAGCGUGGGAGUCAUCACUUACAUGCUACUCAGCGGUUUGUCCCCCUUCCUGGGAGAUAACGACGCUGAGACCCUGAACAACAUCCUGGCCUGCAGGUGGGAUCUGGAGGAUGAAGAAUUUCAGGACAUCUCGGAGGAGGCCCGGGGGUUCAUCUCCAAGCUUCUGAUCAAGGAGAAGAGUUGGAGGAUAAGCGCGAGUGAAGCCCUCAAGCACCCUUGGCUGUCGGAUCACACGCUCCACUCCAGGCUCAGCGCGCAGAAGAGGAAGAAUUGCUGCUCUGACGCCCAGGACCUGGUGGCCAAAUAGUCCCCGGAGGCGCCCUCUUGAAAGGAAAACUGCUGCGGUUGCUGCUGCUUUGAGAAGAUUUUUGGAAAAAUCAGCAGUUCUGAUGCCUUGACCCCUAAGGAGACUGGUGGCUCUGGGGGAGGGGAAGCCGCCACACAGAACUCUGAGUACCUCUGCCAGCUCGCGGGGCCGGGGACACCCAGAGCUGCGGCCCAGGGGGCAGGCAAGCCCGCUCCCUGCAGCAGUGCACACCCCAGAAGACAUUUCCCUGCCACCCUGAGCUUUAGAACUUUCGAUCUCAGUCAAUGCACGGGGUGCAUUAUUUCUGCAAUUUCUCAGAUCCCUAGAGCAAAAUCAUACUGGAGAUUUCGUUGAGAUUUUAAAACAUGUUGGAUGCAGAGGUUAACUAUCAUAUAUAGAAUGAAUAAACAACAAGGUCCUACUGUAGAGCACAGGGAACUAUAAACCAUAACAUAACAGAAAAGAAUAAGAAAAAGAAACCAUAACAGAAAAGAAUAAACCAUAACAGAAAAACCAUAACAGAAAAGAUAUAACAGAAAAGAAUAAGAAAAACCAUAACAGAAAAGAAAAAGAAAGUAUAUAUAUGUAAAAAAAACACAACCAUGUUGGAUACAUUUAGAGGGAGAAUUGCCUUUCAAAGCGGUGAGUACGACGCCAGAAAACAUUCUAAGUCUGGUGCACCACCCUUGACCACUUAGUUUCUCAGACUCUAUUACCUGGAUUUGGCCUGAAUCCAGCUGAUAAGUCAUUUGCUUUCUGGAACAUAAGCUUUCUUUGAAUUCUGAGGCAAGAAGCAUCAGACAGUCUACCUUCAUUUAUUCUGAAAUCCCCUCCAAGAGCAGCAGUGUCUUCUAAGCAGCAGAUCUACUUCCAAACGAGGCACGUGUGUUGUCGCCACGCACCCGCUCUCUUCCGAGGGAAUCUUCAUCCACAUGGAGCACACUGGCUUUGGGAGAUGGUGUAUGGUUAGUCUUUACAAUCAGGACCUUUGGAAUAACGUUAACAGUCCCGAGAGCUUCCCUCAACGUGGCUGAAACAAGAAGAGAUGGGUCUGGUGGGUCCUGAGGGGGACGGUGCUGUGUUUCCUGUCAAAGUGACCCAGGUAAAUGCUAGCCCGUGUGAGGACCAGUGACCUCACCCACGCGGCGUCUCUGUGGCUCAGCUCCGUGCAGGGAGCCUUGGACACUGAAGGCCAGGGGCACCUCCGCUCACUUUGGGGAUGUGACACUGAUUUCCAGUUGGAAGCGUCUUCUUGUUCCCGAGCUCGUGUGCCAUUUUGUCACAGACAUUUAACAGGGGACGUGAGCCCUGCUGCAGGAUUGGGCGUUGUUUCUUUACAAAGCAGAAGCGAAGCAGAGGGAUUACACGCCCAGCACCACGCCCACCACCAGCACCUUAAGCCUCCCUCACAUUUUCCACUUCCAAGUACCUGUUGUGUUGUGAUCAGCUAUAAUAAUGUCUUUAUUUUUAGCUUACAUCGUUCUAGCCUGCAGUUGUCUCAACAGCGACAAAACAAAAUAAGGGCAGCUCGGGGCUGCCUGGGCCAGGGCGGACCUGACGUGCGUUGGCUUUUCCCAGCAUCCCACCGGUGAAUCCUCAUGGCCUGCCCACGGAUAGCGACGCGUGCAACGUCCUUUUUCUUGUGUUUCAGUUACGGGGGAAGCAGAGGCAGAAGACGAGGUGUCAUUAGUUCAGGCCACAAGCCAACUUACUGGUCGUGCUGGCUGUGGAAGGUCCUCCUUUGCGGCCUCUGCUCUUGCAUUACGAUGCACUCUUUCCUCCUUGGGCCUAUGCAUUUAUCCAAGGUUGGCUUCUCCUGUUCCUGUUCUGUGACCAUGUUUCCAAUGUUUAAUUUAGUUUCCUUCAAAUACACACACACACACACACCCCGCACACACGCACGCACACACAUGCACACACACGCACGCGCGCACACACACACACACACCCCGCACACACACACACGCGCACACCCACGCACACAGCCCUGUGACUGAAGUGUUAUGUUACCGCGCUAUCUUUAGCUGCUGGUACUCAUCGAGUCUGGAAAAAUACAAGCCGGUGCAGGCUUAAUACUCAGCCCGCAGAGAGCUGGCAUCCACUCAAAUGCUGAACAGGACACGGGGUCUCGUGUGUUCCCCUCCGGCCCGAGCAGGGGGCCUUUGCAGGGCGUGCAGAUCGCAUCCACCCCGGCCCUGCUGCACGCACAUGAGGGGGACGGCUUCGGCCAAAUGAAGCAGUGAUUUCUUUGCCGGAUUCAUCCACUGAUGACCCCACGGUCAGUGGGUGUGAUUUUUUUUUAGGGGUUUAGAAAGGAGACUCUCCUUAGAAUUUGUAACUAUGUUUCCACCUCGGAUGGGGAGGUGGUCCCAUGCCAGCGGGGGCCUUUUGUAUGGGAGCGCGGGAGAGUCUGCACUGCAGAGCUGAUUAUUACAGUCUGCAGUUACGGUGAAAGGGGAGAGUUUCGGUCUCCUGCUCGGCCGGCCCCCUCCCUCCACGCCUUGCAGUACGUGGCCGCUCUGAUGGGAAAUGGGCUUUGCACAUCGGAAGAAUCAAACCAGAUGCGAGCGUGGACCAGAGGAGUGGAGUCUGGCUGGACUGGGGUUAUUGUGAUCAACUUUUCCAAGAAGUCACGAGGACUGGAGGCUGUAUUGCUUCUCCACCCUCUUAAUGGACGUGACAACCUUGCUCCCUCCCCUUAGGCCGCCGCCGUUCCUCCAGUAAAUGCAGGAAAUUAAGCACCAGUGGGGCACUUCCUGCUGCCUGGAGAGAAAUAAACUUCACAAGCUAUUAAGGAAAAAGCACGUCACAUUCGUAAUUCGUAAGAUACCAACAGUUACCCAGAAUCUGUUGCUGUUUAAAAAUCAGGGAGAAAAGAGCUCAUGCCCAAUUUGUGACAUAAAACCCUCUGGAAUGGAUUCUCACCUGAAUUAACUUGGGGAAACUAUUUCUGGGUUGAAGUUGGGUAAGUCACGCCUGUUGAGUACCGUAGGUUUGCUUGUAGUCGCUUUCUUUCCCCAAAAAUGUAAAUUGGCCUGGGGCACUGUCACGCGGAGGCAGACGCUGAUGUGAUGUGGUCUGAAGACGUGUGAACACCAAGGUUUUCACCGUUUUUAUGGAAAUCAGUGCAGCAAAAUUCUUUUCUUGUUUUAGAAUCAAAAUAUGGAUUUUGUAUUAGGGAAAUGAGCGAGGCUCUCAUUUAAUUCCUCUUUUGUUCUUCUGCUCCCACUACCCUGACGCUCCACCCCCCCCCGCUCUGGGUUGGGGUAGGGGGGCAAUCUCAGACAUGAGCUUCUUCAGUAUGAAAUGUAGGCCAGUCGAGGGGACCUCAUCUGGAAACUGAUUUGUGAACUGGUAAUGAGGGCAGGGCGGGGACCUCAGCGGCCGAGGUCGGGGGCUCAGCUCAGCUCUGUCCCCUGGCGAUUCCAUAGUGGGUUCAGGGCGCUCCUCCAUGUCUGCACCCUUCUCAGCAGCCAGGAUGCCACCCGCUUUGCUUUUGCUCCAUCAUUUUAUUUUUUUACUUCUUUCUCUUUUUCUUAAGCUAGAAUCAGAGUCCAUCUUCUUAUCCAUCACCGUUGCUCCUCUAGAGCCUCUUUGAGAUGAAAAGUAUGUUUCCAAAAGUCAAGUUGCUUUUUCUGUCCUAAAGGAAACGUGAUGCGGCUCUUACAGGAUGUGGCUUCCUGGAUUGGGUGCCUUCCGUGCGUUGCGUGAAAUCUACAGCUUCCCGCCUUAGAAGGUCUGUGUAUUUCUCCCAGCUUCUGACGCAGUCCGGGGUGCUUUCCCUAAGUGGUCUUUGUAUGGGCAGUUUCACCUUCCGUGAAGGCUUCUCAGUCACCCCCUACUGCCCACUCGAAGGAGCAGAAGACGUCCUACCCCCGCCUGUGCCUGUGUUGCGUCCUGUGUGUUCUGUAGUUGUUCCGGCGGAUAGAUGCCAGCGAGCCCUUUGGAUGAGGUUUUUCAGUGGCGAUAAGAAAUAAAGACGGAGCCAGAAUGUGGUGGUUGCAUAUAUUGUGUGUAUUUUCUAUUUCUGAACGUAGUUUCAUUCAGCUGUACUCCUUUGCCUUAUAAAGAUGUGUAACAGUCAUAUAUAUGUAUUCCAUUGAAGAAUAAACUUGGACCUGUCUA